CUGAAUUCAUGGAUUCAUAAUAUUUUUUUACCCAACUUGCAAAAGCCCGAAAGUGUGUCAAACAAGAUAUAUGAAUCUCUUUUAGAAAUGUCAUCAGACACAAGUAUGGAGUCACUGUUCAAAACGACGCCUCUCAACGAUUUUUGGCGCAGAAUCCGUGAUGAAUAUCCAAUGCUUGGCAGAAUGGCUCUGAAUAUUCUUCUCCCGUUCCCAACAACAUAUUUGUGCAAAACAGGAUUCUCAACCUAUGCAGCCACGAAAACAAAAUAUCGCAAUAGACUGGACGCCGAACCUGAUAUGAGACUUCAAAUGUCUUCUAUUAAACCUGAUAUCAACCAAUUGAUGAAAAAUAAAAAACAGUUUCAUACCUCCCAUUAG